AUGGGGGGGAAGCGGGGGCGGGCGGCCCGGCGAGAGGCGAUGGCUGCGCGGGGCGGCGUCCCCGAGGAGGCGGUGAACCGCUGCGUCCUGCAGUUCUACUUCCACCAGGCCAUGGCGGCCUAUCGCUCCGGGAAUCGCGACUUCCGCCAGCUCCGUGACGUCAUGCAGGCGCUGCUUGUGCGGCCCCUGGAGAAGGAGACCACGGUGGCCCAGAUGCUGCGCAUAAUGCAACUCCUGUCACAGAUUGAGGAAGGCGAGAACCUCGAUUGCACCUUUGAUAAAGAUUCAGAGCUCACCCCUCUUGAAUCGGCAAUUGGUGUCCUGGAGCUCGUUCAGAAAGAAUUCUCUGUGGCUGAGAAGACAAUGGAAACUAUUCAGAAAAUGGUGAAGGAAGCUGCUGUUAUUGUCUGCAUCAAAAACAGAGAGUUUGAUAAAGCUUCAAAAAUUGUAAAGAGACAUAUGGGGAAGGAACCCAAAAGCCAGAAAAAGAGGAACGAGUUGCUUACUGUCAUCCGGGAGAAGAAUUUGACUCAUCCGAUGGUCAAAAACUUUUCUUACAAGAACUUCCAGCAGAACAUGUUUCAGUUUGUGAAGACCUAUAUGGACGAUUCGGAGCCACUGCUGCUAACGAUAAUAAAAAAGACUUUGAAUUCAGAACAUGCCAAAGAACCAAAAUACUCAUCGGUGGCUCCAAAGUCUGCAAAUUGGCCAAAGGACCAGGCAGCAGCUCUGGAGCCCUCGGGAAGGGAAAACCGCUCUCCCUCUCCAGAGCCUGCAGAAACAGCAAAAGAUCUGGAGGGAGCUUCCAACCCUGCAGAAAGAGGAGAAGACCUUGCAGCUCCCGAGCCUAUGGAAGGAUCUAGUGACUCUGCAGCAGCUCCUGAGCCUAUGGAAGGAGCUACUGACCCACCAGCAACUCCUGAGCAUAUAAUAGCAGCAGUUAAUACCUUGGAAGAUCAUUCAGAGCCUAUGGAAAUAUCCAAAGAACCAGCAGGAGCAGCUCCAGAACUUCCAGGAGUGUCCUUCAGGGACUCAGAAAGGCAGCCCUCUGGAACUGUAACCACGUAUGGGAUUUCUGUUCUGAGAGAAGCUUUCAAGAUCCUGUCGGACUCCCAGGAUUCUGAUGCACUCUUCACCAAACUGGACGAAACAGACUUUUCUUUCCCCAAGCAACUGUCUCCUUCUGUAUCCCACAGAACCAAGAGACGGAAAGAAGAGGAGAAUCAAGAUUCUGAGAUCUCAAACCCACCUGAAAUGUCCCAUAAGGGCAAACGCUUGUUGACCAUAAGCAAGCUGGUCAUGGAGGAAGACCACCAGUACAGCGAGUCAAGUGAGAGCCCAGACUCUUCCCAGGAGCCAGUUGUGUCUUCUGCUUCCAGACCUGUUCAGAAAGUGCAUGACCAGCCUAUAUCUCCUAUAACUGCCAAGUCCUUCCAAGGAAGAUGGAACAGCUCAUAUGGCGAAGAAGCAAAAGACAGUUGGAGUGAGGAGGAUGAGCUCUUCUCAGAUGCGGCAUCACUUGGGACAAACAGCCACAACACUACAGUCUUUGGUUCCAAGAAACAGAAAUGGACAAUACAGGAGAGCGAGUGGAUCAAAGAGGGUGUGAAGAAGUUUGGAGAAGGGAGAUGGAAGGCUAUCUGCCAGAAAUACCCCUUCCGGAACCGCACAGCAGUGAUGAUCAAGGAUCGCUGGCGGACCAUGAAGAAGCUGGGAAUCCUCUAA